GCAGGGCACAGCCUGAGAGGUCUGGUGAGCUCCACGACUACCCCGUCAUUCCAGUUACACUUUGAUAGACGAAUAGAGACAAUCCAGCAGACCAAACCUCAGCGGUGAAAAUGCCCCUUUCGAGCAGUUCCACAUCUUCUACAAAGAGCAUCCGCAGAGCAGCGUCGGAGCUGGAGAGGUCUGACUCCAUAACGUCUCCCAGAUUUCUAGGUAGACGACAAAGUUUGAUCGAGGAUGCCCGGAAGGAGCGAGAAGCGGCGGCUGCAGCAGCUUCUGCAGCAGAGGCCAGUGAACAGAUCGUAUUUGAGGAGGAUGAUGGAAAAGCGCUCCUCAACCUGUUCUUCACGUUAAGGAACUCCAAGACCCCUGCCCUGUCACGGACCCUCAAAGUUUUCGAGACUUUUGAGGCUAAGAUUCACCAUCUGGAGACUCGACCAUGCCGGAAGGUUAAAGACAGCCUGGGGGGCCUGGAGUAUUUUGUCCGUUGUGAGGUUCACCUCACAGACGUCAGUACUCUUAUCAGCUCCAUCAAGAGGAACGCAGAGGAUGUUAAAACAACCAAAGAAGUCAAAUUUCACUGGUUCCCAAAGAAAAUCGCAGAUUUGGACAGAUGUCAUCAUCUGGUCACAAAAUUUGAUCCAGAUUUAGAUCAAGACCAUCCUGGCUACACAGAUCCUACCUACAGAGAAAGAAGGAAAAUGAUUGGAGACAUUGCCUUCAGAUAUAGACAUGGUGAGACGAUUCCCAGAGUGGAAUAUACAGAAGAGGAGAUUGGCACAUGGAGAGAAGUCUACUCAACUCUGAGGGAUUUAUACGUCACUCAUGCCUGCAGUGAACACCUAGAGGCUUUCCGUCUUCUGGAAAGGCAUUGUGGGUACAGUCCAGACAACAUUCCCCAGUUGGAAGAUGUGUCGUCCUUCCUCAAAGAGCGUACUGGAUUCCUGCUGCGUCCAGUGGCAGGUCUGCUUUCAGCCAGGGAUUUUCUGGCAAGUUUGGCAUUCCGGGUUUUCCAGUGUACCCAGUACAUCAGACAUGCUUCCUCUCCUAUGCAUUCACCAGAACCUGACUGUGUCCAUGAACUUUUGGGCCACGUCCCCAUGCUGGCCGAUCGCACUUUUGCCCAGUUUUCACAGAACCUCGGUCUUGCAUCACUGGGGGCUUCGGAUGAAGAUAUCGAGAAGCUGUCCACACUGUACUGGUUUACCGUGGAAUAUGGGUUGUGUAAACAGAAUGGUGAAGUGAAAGCCUACGGUGCUGGACUGCUGUCCUCUUAUGGAGAGCUUGUGCACUCACUGUCGGAUGAGCCAGAGAAGAGGGAGUUUGAGCCGGAGGCAGCAGCGGUGCAGCCUUAUCAAGACCAGACCUACCAGCCUGUGUACUUUGUUUCCGAGAGUUUUCCAGAUGCCAAAGAAAAAUUCAGGACCUAUGUGGCUGGAAUUAAGCGUCCCUUCUCUGUGAGGUUUGAUCCAUUCACCAGCAGCAUCGAGGUCCUGGACAGCCCGCUGAAGAUCCAAGGUGGCCUGGAAAGUGUGAAGGAUGAGCUAAAGAUGCUAACAGACGCCCUCAGUGUUUUGUCAUGAUGACGUUUCCGUUCCUCUUCUCUCCGCUGUGUUUUGGACGUCUGAUGUGUGACCAUUGACCAGUGUAUUCACCUCUCUGUAGUGUACCGCCAGUAUGAUGCUUUUUCUAAUGAAUCGUCGCUUGUCGUGACUGAUAAAGGUUGCAACCAUUUGAACCUCAAUCUGCAGUGAAGGCAAAGUUUCCAAAGAUGUUUAACGCCUCACUGGAUGUGGAUCCAUUUGUGAUUUGCAGUGUAUAAAAAUAAUGGGCCAUUCAUGCUUUAAUAGCAAAACUGUGUUGUCUGUUGAGAAAUAUGUCUAAAAUCCAAGGGAAAUGUGAUCAUGAAUGUCUUAAAACUAAAUGGAUAUAAUAUAAUUAUUUUAAAAAUCAAAGAAAUAUAAUGGUGUAAUGAGAGAUAUUAAAGUGUAUAUCAAAAUUAUAUUUAUUUUAUUUAGAAAAUUGUCUAUUUCUGCUGUGUUAAAGGCUUUAUUUUCCAGAUCUGCUACUUCAGUGUUUGGGUAUUACCUUUAAAUUUGCUGAUUUAGUUCUAAUGCUGUUUUUGUCUCAUAGUGUAAAUGCAUAAUAAAAGAGAUAAAAAGAAAAUA